CCUCCGACUUCCGCUUGCAGUGCUAACCAGAGGCGGAAGUCUUGGGCGCUCUAGCCUGCUCCUUGCGGUUUCUAUGGUGAAGUGUGGAAAUUGCUGGAUAGGAUCGGAGUGUGCGCCUUGUAUGGGAAUGCUCGGUGUGUGAUAAGAGCCGGGAGUCUAGGAAUGGGGGAGAGCCCGGUACCCCGCUCCUCUGCUCAGGUGGUGGGGAUCCCGGUGUUCCAAUACCCGGAGGAGGGGGACCUGGAUCUGGACGAAUCUGAUUCGCCAUCUGACCUCCAAUUGGUAAAAAGAAGAUUGCAAUUCCCAAAUGUUACUACAGUCCCCAACCAGCUCCUGCUGGUUUCUCUGGUAGAGCAUUUAUGUCAUGUCCAUGAACAGAACCCCAACCGAACGAAACAACUUUUUAGAUUGCUUUGCCAAACCUUUACAAGGAUGGGCCUUCUGACUCCAUUUGCCUUCAGUGAUGAGUUCAGCUCAGUGAGAUUGCAGCACAGCACAGCAAUCACAGAACUACUAAAGGCUGCUAAACGGCACAUGCACAAAGAGGAAAUAACCAAUGGUGACCUAAAUCUACAUUUGAACAGGGCAAAGGAUGUGCUUGCCGAGGCACAGACUUCUCGUUACUUGAAUGAGUUUGAGGAAAUUGCUCAGCUUGGAAAAGGCGGAUAUGGAAAAGUCUACAAGGUCCGUAACAAGCUCGAUGGCCAGUUUUAUGCAAUAAAAAAAAUUCUGAUUAAGAAGGUGUCACGCAGAGAUUGUAAAAAGGUUCUUCGUGAAGUUAAGGUGUUGGCUGGCCUGCAGCAUCCCAAUAUUGUUGGCUACAAUACAGCCUGGAUGGAACAUGUUAAGCCCCCACGCUCAAAAUGCAAAGCUUUCCCCACAUUUAAAGCUAUUAGAGGUUCUUCCAACCAAAAUUCUCAGGAUCCUUUUAAAGAUAUCCAGAGCACAGAGGGCAGCAAUGGCUCCAUUGUGUUUGCUGACUCAGGAGAGGGGAAUCCGUCACAGAGUAUUGACAUGAUGUCUGUAAAUAGAAAUAAGUGCUCUCCUGAAAGCAAUGUGCAAAACUUUACUGUGUCCGAUGUUUACUACUGUGGAAACAAAGACUCUAAUGCCAAUGUCCACCCAGUGUCCAGUGUAUAUAAAAAGCUCGACACAUCUCAGGAUCUAUGCCGAAGAGACCGCUGUCCAUUCAGCUCUGAGGAUGAUGGAAGUGACUCUUCUUGUGACGAAGAAGACUGUGAUCAAAAGGAAUUAUGCUUACAUCGAUACUUUGAAAUACAAUAUCAUUUGAUGUUGCAUAUACAAAUGAAACUAUGUGAAAAGUCUUUGUGGGAUUGGAUUGAAGAGAGGAAUGAAUGUUACAGGAAAGGAGGAGAUUCUUCAAGAUGCUUUGGGUUUGUGGAUGUGUCUAGUACACUCAGAAUAUUCUGCCAACUGUUGCAGGGAGUGCGAUAUAUCCAUUCCAUGGGAGUCCUUCAUAGAGAUCUGAAGCCAAGAAAUAUUUUCUUGCACGGACCAGACCUGCAUGUACGUAUUGGGGAUUUUGGGCUUGCUUGCAGAGAUAUUUUGCAACAUUCAGACCACUGGUUAAAGAAAGAAGGGACCAAUGAGUCAACACAUACUUCAGGAGUUGGCACCUGUUUAUAUGCUGCUCAAGAACAGAUGAAAGGAUCACACUAUGACUUUAAGUCUGAUAUGUACAGUGUGGGCGUUAUAUUGCUGGAACUCUUCCACCCAUUCUGGACUGAGAUGGAGAGAAGUGACAUUUUAACAUCUCUGAGCAAAGGCAUUAUUCCAAAAUCCUUUGAAAAUCAAUGGCCAGUGCAAACCAAAUACGUUAAGCUACUGACCAGUGCAGAAUGUGGACUACGACCAUCUGCUGAUCAAAUGCUGAAAUGUGAACUCUUUAGUGAAAAGGAAAAUGCAAUGCAGGAUCUCCAGCAAAAAGUUCUCGAUUUAGAGAAAGAAAACGAGAGACUAAAAAAGAGCUUGGAGCUGUUACAAGAACAGAUGUCAAGCAGACCGGGAAUAGAAUCCCCAGUAUAAAUCCCUCUUCAUCUCAUGCCAACUUGCCCCUUGCCUAUUCGUACAUAAACUUGUACAUUGUAAAAUAAAAUAACUUUAUUUAUAUAUGCAUGACUUUUUUUGGCGUUUUUACCUGUGAAAUGAUAAACUUGGAAAGCUGUAUUAUUGGUCCAGUUUAUUGUAAACAAAUGUUUAUAAAGUUACAGAUUAUGAAACCUGAGCAUCGUUUUGGCAUCCAACUUCAAUGCUUUCUACUGUUCUGCACGCCAUUGGAUUGUGAUACCGUGUAUUACUGCAAAAUGAGUGCUGUUCUUUGUUGUGCUAUUAAUUGUGAAUUGCACCCCAGUGGUACUAUGCAGCCAAUGCAAAUGUACAACAGAGCAUCAUAGCACAUUCAGUGUAAUGUAUUGUAAAGCAUUCCCAAAAAGGGGAUUAAGUGAAUUUUUUUGAUCCUUUGCUUUGACAGCCCAGUUCUAAUGAAUUCUUAACUGUACACACAUUAAUGCACAGCAAUACACAAGUUAACACAAUGCAAUAGACUGCUAAAGUGAAUGAACCCUUUCUUCCAACUUACCAACGUGAAGUGACUGUACAAAUGCAAAAGUAUUCAUCCUCAGGUGGCAGUUUCAGUUCCAUUUUUCUGAGAGUGUCAUUUUAGAAUAAUGGUCCUGGUAAGAAUUUUAAGGUGUUUGUUACCCAACAAUUCCUCUUCCUAUGUGGCGACUGUAACAUGUACUUAUAUGAAGUCUCCUGUUCUUUGUGUUGUUUCCUUUGUAUGGAAUGGUGUUUCUGUCAGUCCCUCCUGAUUUCCUAAUAAAAAAUUACCACACCUAA